CUGGUGGGUGCAGGGUCGGUGCCGCUGUUCUCCCAGCGCCAACUGCACCCAGUUCACUGCGCCGACGGGGCAGGAGGUGUUCCGGUGCUGAUGCAUGGAGGGGUUCGAGGGCGACGGCUUCAUCGACGGCGCCGGUUGCCGGCCACAAGGUGCCUCGAGCUGGGAAGGCCGCAAACUACAAGUGUCCACUGGUGUGGCUGCCGCAUGCGGAACCUUCCUACUUUCCGCCAGCAUCGCGGUUUGCUUCUUCCUCCACCGCCGGGGGAGAAGCAACGCCAUGAAAACAGACAAAAAAAUACCUAAACAUGCGAGACUCUUCCGUGGAGAACUCGUGGAGGACGAGCUUGACCAAGGAGCCGGUGCCCCCCGACGAUUUUACUACGACGAACUCACUGUCGCCACUGAUAACUACUCCGACGACAGGGCGCUCGGAAAAGGAGGCUUUGGAUCAGUGUAUCGAGGAUUCCUGAGCGACAUGAACCGUGAAGUGGCCAUCAAGAGGGUGUCUGAGACCUCUCGACAGGGCUGGAAGGAGUUCGUCUCCGAGGUGAGCAUCAUUAGUCGGCUCAGGCAUCGGAACCUCGUGCAGCUCAUUGGAUGGUGCCAUGGCGGCGACGAGCUGCUCUUGGUCUACGAGUUGAUGCAUAAUGGCAGCCUUGACACUCAUUUGCACAAACCAGACUGCGUGCUGGCAUGGCCAGUUAGGUAUGAGAUCGUGCUCGGCGUAGGUUCAGCACUUCUAUAUUUACACCAGGACAUGGAGCAACGCGUGGUUCACAGAGACAUCAAGCCAAGCAACAUCAUGCUAGACUCCUCGUUCACCGCCAAGCUUGGCGACUUUGGUCUCGCGAGGCUUAUCAAUGACGGCAGAAGAUCUUACACGACUGGCUUGGCCGGUACAUUGGGGUACUUCGAUCCAGAGAGCAUGCUGUCCGGCAGAGCGAGCGUGGAGUCAGACAUCUACAGCUUCGGGGUCCUCCUCCUCGAGGUUGCCUGCGGGCGGCGCCCUGCGGUGGUCCACAAAAAUGGUGAUGUCGUCCACCUGGUUCAAUGGGUGUGGGACUUAUAUGGCGGUGGAGGGAUCGUUGGUGCCGCCGACGAGCGGCUUAGGGGCGAGUUGGAUGAUCGGGAAAUGGAGUAUGUUCUGGUCGUCGGACUCUGGUGCGCGCAUCCCGAUCGCGGCAUGAGGCCGUCCAUCAGGCAAGCUGUGAACGUUUUGCGAUUCGAAGCGCCAUUGCCGAGCCUGCCGGCAAGGAUGCCUGUUGCAACCUAUGGACCGCCGACAAAUCCUUUGAGUUUUGGGACGCUGGUCUUAAGCAGUGCCAACGGCCGGUGACGAUGAUCUCUUUGGAACACACAGACAACCAGGGACAUCGGUCACUAACUAAAUUGAGAGCGGCAACUUCUGUAGUCAUUCUACAACAUAUUAUAGCUCAAUGUCACUGCUGAAACAUGGUUGAUGUUUUUUUUUUCUGAAUCCUUGCGUCAGGAUUUAGGAUCGGAGUGACAUUAAUGAAGCUUAAUGAGUUCUUUUGUGGUACCCUCAAAUGAA